AUGGUCUACCGAACGAUUAGUGAAGAUAUCAAGAUCCGGGCAUUGGACCUCGUAGAGCAAGGUCACGAACAUGAGGAGGUCGCUCGCAUCCUCAAGGUGUCUGAGAAGAGUAUAUCCCGAUGGUUCAACAGCAUCGACGAAAAGGGAUCACUUGCACCGGCUCGUGAGCUCUGUGGACGUCCAGCUGCACUCAAUGAAGACGUCAAAGAGAACCUCAGACAGCUCCUGAUCGAGAGCCCGAACCUAUACCUUGACGAAAUCGUUGAGUGGCUCGCACUAUUUCACCACACUCAGAUCUCGACCUCUGCACUAAGCAACACCCUCAUUUCUCUCGGUCUCACUCGCAAGGUGAUGGGUCGAGUUGCUGCUCAACGAGAUGAGGCUGCCCGAGAUGCAUGGAGACGUGAUGUAGCUGCCAACUUCACGGCAGAGCAGCUGGUCUUCACUGACGAGAGCAGCAAGGAUGGCUAUGAGGUGGUGCGCAUUGUGGAGGGUUCGGUUGAUGGUGAGAUCUUCUUCGACUUCAUUGUGAAUGACCUGCUCCCUACUAUGAAUAGAUACCCAGCCCCACGAAGUGUUCUUGUCAUGGACAACUGCGCAAUUCACAAGUCCGAGGCUGUCCGAGAGGUGGUUGAU